AUGGAAAGAAACGACAUAGUUGCACUACGUUGUACUUUUUUAAGAAAAAUUUGUACACUACGUGAACAAAAAGGCACCCGUCCUAUCGUGUACUUGGAUGAAACGAGUAUUAACCAAAACCACAGCAGGCAAAAUGAUGAAGAGACCGCUGGAUUAAAAGUUCCUACGGGCAAAGGAGGGCGUCUCAUUAUUUGUCACGCUGGAUCUGCGAAGUAUGGUUUUGUUAAUGAUUCAAAAUUAAUUUUUCGAGCAAAUGUUGGCAACUUUGAAAGCGACUACCAUACGUCUAUGAAUGCUGAUGUAUUUAGAAAUUGGUUUAUUUUAAUGUUGAACCACCUCGAAGAGCCAUCAGUCAUCGUCAUGGACAAUGCGUCGUACCACUCAAUGCUGAUGGACAAUUUUCCCAAAAGCAAUAGCCGGAAAGCCUUUAUUGAAGAAUGGCUGAAAAAUAAAAAUGUUAAUUUUUCACCACAAGAACGGCUGUCCGAAUUACGUGAGCGAGUAAAAAAACUGGUUCCAACGUAUAAACGGUACGAGCUGGACGAGAUAGCACUUCAAAUGGGUCACGAAGUCAUAAGGUUACCUCCCUACCAUUGUCAGUACAACCCUAUUGAGUUGAUUUGGGCACAGGUUAAAGCGGAGGUAGCCAAAAAGAACAAUUCAUUUAAGAUGGCAGAUGUCGAAAAAUUGGCACACGCGGCUAUUGAUGCAGUAACACAAAACGACUGGGAAAA